CUGUCCCAGACAGUGUUGAAGUUUCCACAGACGUGUCCAGCCGUUGAGAGGUUCGUGCUCAAGUUGACGACUCAAGCCGCCAGCCAAAAUGUGUAAGGGACUGGCAGCUCUGCCGCACUCAUGCCUGGAAAGGGCCAAGGAGAUCAAGCUCAAGUUGGGAAUUCUCCUCCAGAAGCCAGACUCUGCUGUCGACCUUGUCAUCCCAUAUAAUGAGAAGCCGGAGAAGCCUGCCAAAGCGUACAAGCCCGCACUGGAGGAGGUCCUGCAGUGGCGCCAAUCCCUGGACAAGCUUCUCCAGAGCAGCUAUGGAUUUGCCAGCUUCAAAAGUUUCCUGAAGUCUGAAUUCAGUGAGGAAAACCUUGAGUUCUGGGCUGCCUGUGAGAAUUACAAGAAAAUCAAGUCCCCCAUCAAAAUGGCAGAGAAGGCAAAGCAAAUUUAUGAAGAAUUCAUCCAGACAGAGGCCCCUAAAGAGGUGAACAUUGACCACUUCACUAAAAACAUCACCAUGAAGAACCUGGUGGAACCUUCCCCUCACAGCUUUGACCUGGCCCAGAAAAGGAUCUUCGCCCUGAUGGAGAAGGAUUCUCUGCCCCGCUUUGUGCGCUCUGAGUUUUAUAAGGAGUUAAUCAAGUAGUCAUCUAGUCAGGCUUCAAAACACCGCCCCGUGAGUUGAGUUUCAUCCUCUGUAGCCACACGGCAUCCCCGACACCUACACAUUUCUCCAUAGCAGCUUUGCUCCAAGAUACCCAAACACAGGCGAACCACAGGCUGUGUUGCUAGCUCUUUCACUCAUGUUGGUUUGGUUAUGUGGAUCUGUUGGCGAAGGACCUUCACUUUCUCUUGUUCUUUCUGACUGCUUUGUAAUAAAGGGUUACCGAGUCACUGUCAGUCUAAGUCACAAAAAUAUCCUGUUCAACACAAAGCUGCCUGUGCAAAGACUAGGUGAUAGAUUGCUCUGUAAACUAGGCUAAAAAGAAAAAGACAUGCAAGCACCCCUUCAUGGGGAUUUGACUGGUCUUAUUUACUGUUUUAAUUCUUAUUCUCUAAUGACUUCAGAAUUUGGUUGGGAAAAACCAGCAAGCUGCUUAUAAGGCAGCCACCAUUGGGUUUUUAAGUAAAUGCAUUAUUUAACAUUACUGACCUCUCCUUUCUAGAGUACUGCUGUGUUAGCUAGACAUUCUCAAUAAGAGAUACAAUGAAUACACUGUGCUUCUAAACAGAAUUCAUUUCAAUUCCACCCUUGUGCUUCCAAAUCAUGAGGGAAAAAAAAAAUCAGCCUUUGACUUUCCCAAACAAUUAGAAAUGCCAAACAUCUAAAAUCUUUCUGAGCUGUUUCUUAAACAAUGGGAAAAAAAUCAUUUAAAAUUGAAAUAUUUUAUUCACAUUAAUUGGAAUAGCCGAAUGUCUGAAAAUACCCAAGGAACGAACCCGCUGUUACACGCUCACCCAGAUGGUUCCUGAUAUGGAGACCUCAAAUUGAUUAUGCUUACAAACUGACUGUGUGAUUGGCUGGCCUUGCCUUGUCAGUGCAGGGUGAGGAGGGUGGGAAAGAUGCCUCAAGGGCAGGGCUGUGAGGCCACAAAAGAAGGCAGGAAGGCAUGCUUCUGCAGUCUAAUGGCUGCAUUAUAUAUACAGACAUUUACUAUAUCUCUAUAUAAUUUUAAAGUUAAAGCAAUAUAUAUACACACACACAUAUAUAUAGUCUUCUAAUAUAUAAGACAGCCAAUGGGAGGUGAGUAGUCUUGCUCCAAAGGAGAAGUCAAAUGUAUUAAAAUUGGACUAGAAACUAUUUGGAGGGGGGGAAGCAACAGCAACAACAAACGUCUAUGUUAGUUGCAGUUUCUAUGGUAACAAGAAGAAAAUACAUUCUUUUAAAUCCGAGAAAUUAGAAAAAGUGGGAUGACCUUUCCAGGAAAAGAGUAUGUAGUGUUUGUUUAGCAUUCCUUCCCCCUCCUUCCCCUGCUCACCAGUUUCCCUUGAGUAAAUUGCCUGAGAAAGAAUGAAGCUUACUUAGUGUGUGAGCCCAGGGCUGCUGGUGUUUCUCUCCUGCAGGAGAGCACAGCUAGGCUGAAAGUGGAUCCGGGAUGUAGGAAAGGGUUGGGUCUAAACUGUGGUCAAUGGACAGGAGUACUUGCUUCUUAUUUUUGAAGGAGACCUGUGAUUCACCUAGGAAAUGGCCUGUAAUCUGGGCUUCUGAGGUUGAUAUAGUUCUGGGUUGAAGGUCAGAUUAAUCUUUAAAUCAAAUCAGCAGAUACAGAGACCAUCAGGCUCAGGAGCCUAUGUCCCAUGGAUAGAGCAGGGUUGUUCAUGUAAACAGACACACACGUGCACACACACACACACACACACACACACACACUUAUAUAGACACUCUCUCUUAUAUAGAGGACACCUUUCAAAAGGCAGAACUCUCUUUGCUUAUAUUCCAUAUACAACCAUGCUUUAUUGUAAACAUUGAACUUUUAGCCCGUUUUUAUUUCAAAUGCAUGAAGGUGAGUUAAUGAAAAAGUUUUUCUUUUAUCCCAUUUAAUAACAUAGACUUCACUUGAAUGAUGCUUCCUCUGUAUAAAAUCCAUGUCAAUGAGAAGGAUUGAUUAUUUCCUGAAGAGCAGUAGGCACCCAUUAACAAAUCAAUUGAUAAGCUAAUAAGCACUCCCUUCUAGGGAUUUGCCAAAUUAUGCUAUCAUACAAGAGAUGGUUUGAGAAUUAUUUAAACGGUCAGUUAAUUUGGAGGAAUGACUUUCACUCCUGAAACUGUAUCCUCUAGCAGGCAUUUCCUUCCCUUCCUGGGGAUUUAGCAGAUUUGGAAGAUAAUUGGACACAAGGAGAAGGGCAAUAAAGCGGGAGGGGGAAAUAGGAAAGAAGUAGGCGCUCAGCCUAGGAAAAUUAGCCCACUGGCUAGGAAACACAGCAUGAAGGAUAAUCAAGCCAAAUCUUUGCUGUCAUCCUGGGUUACAGAAGGCAUUUCAGAGCUCAUCACGAGGCAAGGCAAGGAAGUUCAUCUUAAGAUCCUACAAGAAAUUAACUAGAGAAAAAGGCAACUGGGGAGGGCUUCUUUUCCAUUAGACUUGUGGAUGCCGGAAAGUAGAGAGUGGAGGGUUCAGCUGGGAGCAUCCAAGCAUCCAAACGCCAGGGCUAGCGAACUCUAGGCAGGUUUGGGCAGUAAGUCUUGGUAUGUAGACUCUCCACAGUUGAGUCUCUGCUCCACAUGCAUUCCAGCAUCCAUUUGACAUUCUCAGCACAAAGCCAACAAUUUCGAAGCUACUUCUGGCGUUAAACACACUUCUCAUUAAAUGAGUGCUGUGGCUAAAGAAAGCAAUUGAUAACCCAAGAAUUAGCUUUCUGUGGCCUCAAUAAGUCAUCCUGGAACUGAAAAGUGUCUGCUGUCCCCACUGAGGAGAAUCUGGGACUCUAAAUGGAAGCUUAUUGCAGAGAAUGAUGAAGAAAACCCACAGUCAGGAGCUUUGGAGUUUUAUCCUCAAUUCACUGUUUAAUAAUAACCAUAUGUAUCAAGUAGAGAAGCUAUGUAGCCAUUUUGCCCAUAUGCAGUUUAAUUUGUUCCCUUAUUUGAUACGCCUUUUCUCUCCUCCCUCACUUGCCUUCCCUUCCUCCCUCUCUGAAACACCUUGGCUCACAGUACUUAGGUAAUAGUGAAUAUGUUAAAGAGCACAUAAGUUCCUACCUAGGAAGAGGUACAGGCAAAAGCAUAGACAAAGUAAAGAGAAAUGCUGAGAAAUAUGUCAUAGGAGGCGAGGAAUCUAGGUAAUGCUUGCCAAACAUUCCAGAACAUGAAGUCAUCGCCAUGUGAGGGAACUAGAGUUACGGUUUUGUUUUUGGUUCUGUAACUUGGGAGGUUAUUCUUUUGGGGGAUAGAAUGGAAUGGGUGAGGGGUUUACUAAGUCCUGUGCCAGCACUUAUCUCAUAAAUUUUAAAUUCUGGACCAAUCGUGUUUGUUUCCUCCUUAUUGUAUCCAAUACUUUGUGUAGUAUGUAACUCACUCUUACUGAUAAUAAAAUAAAUAUUAGCCUAUAAGAGAAAUCACA